UUUAAGAAGUGAAGAAAAAUUUAAUUAAAAAUAAAUAACACUGAAAAAUGCUGAGACCAGGGAAGCUAGUGUAUGAAGGCAAAACGAACUGUGACGAUGAAAUUAUUUUUUGUGUCACACCCCUCUUAGCACAUCGGGGAUCACCUGCGGUAGAUCAUUGGACAGGUGCAUAAAAAGGGCAGCUCAGAGCACAAGCAGACGCGGAACCUUGCAGCCCUACUCCUUACUAUCAUUCAGUGUGCUCGUUACCUUGCCUACCUUUCCCGUUUCACCCGUCCUCUCCCCUGACCCAUUUCCGCUCCUAGUCUUUUCUGCACUCAAUGCCAAUGGUUUCCACGAUCUUCUGCCUGUUUCCCGGAUUAGUUUUUGGAUUGUCCUCUUGAUCACGUCUGUACAUCGGCAACCCUUUGCUUGUUUUUGACUACGGUUCCUGGAUUCUCUUAUUAAACUCCGACGCUCUGCACUUGGGUCCGAUGGCUUCUUUCCAGUAUGACACCAUGACAUUAUGUGUCCAUUCCUAUAAGAAGGGAACAUUGAGUUUGUACAGUUGACAUCUUCUACAAAAUCCAGCCUAUCUAUCGUGGUAUACAGUCAAGCUCUCUGUUAAAAUGAUUCAUUUUAACAGCUUUCUAAAAAAUGAAAGCCCCCCUUUUUUGCUUCCUUCAUGUCUGGUAGCAUGCUGAAGCCAGUUACAUUCAUUGUUUCACUAACCCAUCUAUUCCCAGGAUUGUGUUCAGCUCAACCAGUACAAGUUGAAGAGUGAAAUUGAGAAGGGCUCCUACAGGUGGUAAAAUUGGCCUACAAUGAAGAUGAUGACAAAUAUUAUGUCGCCCCCUCCCAGAGGACAGGAAAGUGUCCAAGGACAGGAGCCUAAGAUCCUUGGAUCACUGGAGAGAGUAUACCAGGAGAUGGCAAUCCUGAAGAAGCUGAACCAUCUGAAUGUUGUCAAACUAGUGGAGGUUCUUGAUGAUCCUAAUGAAGACAGUCUUCAUAUGGCAUUUGAGUUAAUGCAGAGAGGGAAGCAAGUGGCUGGAUACAUGGGAAAAGGAAAGUGGUUGGGGCUACCUGCUGCUGUGAUACCCAGUCUGGCAGACUUGUUUGUAUUUCUGGUUCUACUCAGACCUGUUAUAGAAGUUCACACCGACAAACCAUUCACAGAGGAACAGGCUUGCAUCUACUUCAGAGACAUCGUCCUGGGCGUUGAAUACUUGCACUUUCAAAAAAUCAUCCAUCGGGACAUCAAGCCCUCCAACCUGCUUCUGGGGGAUGACGGGCAUGUGAAGAUUGCAGACUUUGGGGUCAGUAAUGAGUUCAAGGGCAGCGAUGCCCAGCUCUCCAGCACUGCCGGGACACCUGCCUUCAUGGCCCCAGAGACCCUGACAGACGAGCUUCAGAGCUUCAGCGGGAAGGCUCUUGAUGUGUGGGCAAUGGGAGUCACCCUUUACUGCUUUGUGUUUGGAAAGUGCCCUUUUACAGAUGAGUAUAUUCUGGCUUUGCACAGACGGAUUAGAACCCAACCUGUGGAGUUCCCAGAUACGCCGACUAUCAGCAAUGAUCUUAAGGAUCUGAUCCUGAGAAUGCUGGAGAAAAACCCCAACACAAGGAUCACAGUUCCUGAAAUCAAGUUGCACCCGUGGGUAAGCAAAAAUGGUACAGCGCCUCUGCCAUUAGAGGAAGAGCACUGCACGGUAGUCGAGGUGACAGAGGAGGAGGUGCAGAACUCAGUCAAGCUCAUCCCCAGCCUGUCCGCCAUGAUCCUGGUCAAAGCCAUGCUGAGGAAGCGCUCUUUCAGCAACCCCUUUGAGUACCUGGCCAGGAAGGAGAGAUCCAUGUCCGCCCCAGGGAAACUGCUGAUGUAAGUGGGGCAUUGCUUCGCCAUUACAAUAGCCUGAUCUUGAUGCAUUGUCAUCAUUGUUUUAGUCCUUACUCUGAUCCAUGUGCAAAGAUCCACUUGCGUGAGUUUGUAAGGAUUCGCUCGCUCACUCACUCAUUAUCAUUUACUGUGUGUCCAAAUCAGGGUUGCAGCAGCCUGGAGCCUAUCCAGGAAGCACAGGACUCUAGGCUAAGAAUCAAUAGAUGUCAGUGCAAUUC